AUGGUACAAACGGCGCACCUGUGCCCUGGGCGCUCACGAGCCCCAGCCACCUACACCUCCGUUCCGCGCACUUGUGGAGAUUUAGACAGAAAAGGGGCGGACACCAUGGACUACUGGCGCGUUUUGGCGCUUUUCCUGAUGAUUCCUGUGACUCGUGUUGAAGCAUGCUCGUCGUCUUCAGCCACACUGGGCGGCGACAUCGGGGAAAAGGACUCCUUAUUACAAUAUUCGGCUACAGACCAUCACAGCCAUGAGCACAGCCUAUACAGCCAGAACCCCCAAAGUGAGCAAGUAGAAGAUGACAAUACAGGCUCCAUUGACGACUUCUGUGAACGUGGCGAGGACGAAGUUGAAACUGGACACAUCAGCCCCUCUGCUAAACUUCGAUUGAAUUUCGCUGGGAGAUUUCUUGCCGACGUCUCAACCUUCAACAACCUAAGGGGGAAUUUCAACAGCAGCACAUUUGAUCCCUUCAGAGAGCCCGGCUGGAACCCGAAAGGCAGCGCUGAUUUCCGGUUGGUUGACUGUAGAGUCACAGAAGUCUGCCUUGCGGACGGACACUGCGGCGUCGUGAACGACCCUAUCGUUGGCCAAACGAUCAUAGGCUCGGACAGCACAAGUGCAGGCAAACUGGUGGACCUGGAUACAGACAACCAAGACCAAUCUCAACUCUGGGGCCUCGUGGUCGGUGUGGAUGGCUUCCUGAAGGGGGAUUUCGUCCCGCGGUCAUUCAACCACAUGCACGACGCCUGUACGGGAUUGGGCUGCAAUUCAAUAGUUGCGUUUACACGUCUUAUUGCGGUCUGGGUGUCGACGCUACAAAACGUGAAGUGGAUCGAAGGUCCUCUUGCAAGACAGUCUGACUUCAUACAGCAGGUCAUGGCUCUCCGCUGCAUGCCUGGAUUUCAGUUGCACGUCAAACUCAACGUCUACAACAUGAGAGUGGCACCGAAGUCUGAAGACUACCUGUAUGGCCGUGUGGUUGGGACCAUAUUUGCAGCAGUGUCGAAGCACCCUCUUCCUUAUGGCCUGUAUAAGAGGAUGCUGUGGAGAGAUGACGGUGGUCAUGUACCGUUCUAUGUUGACGUCCACACGAAGCAUGUAGUGUUGGACUUUGCCAAUAGUAUGAAGUUCGACAUCGAAGGUAACCCUGUCGAACCCUCAGGCGGACCCCUGUAUCUUCUUCAGUACAACGGCACGAAGCGAAGGUGUGAACCUCUCAGCAACGAGGCAUACAACCUGGGAGAAAUCAAACUCAGCGGAAACUUGUGCGGAAACCACUGGUUUCUGAGGACUGCAGGCAUAAUUGCACUUUCAGUAAAACACAAAGCAAUUGAAACAAUUGGGAACACUCCAUUGGCGGUUAUUCAACAAAUGUCCCCAACGCACUGCGAGCCAGUAUUGGAGGAAAGACCAGAUGGCCUGUUCGUUGAGGCCGUGGGCAAUCGUGUUGCACGGAAAGAGCCCAAUAAUGAAUGGAAUGUGAAAUUUCGCGCUUUCCAGUUUGGAAGGUCUGCCAAAGGAGUUCUCGUCAAACCCAAGCUAAUCUGGCCACCAGAUGACCCGAAACCAGCAAUAGAUAUCGUCAGUACCAAACCAUCCGGCAGCAACGGCAUUUCUGCGAUAACCUUCCGGUCCAGCAAUCCAGGGGAACCAAGGAGAGAAGAGCAGCUAGAUGGCCAGGUCUACAAAUACGACAUAAUUGCCCAAAAGGAAGAUGAUCAUGAAUUCACAGUUCGGGACCUAAUGAUUUCAGCUCAGGUGUAUUCAGAGUACACCUUCACUCCCGGUAAAGUGACCUGGUACGAACAUGUCUACCCGAUAUUCCAACAGUAUGCCAACCUGUACCCCGUCAUGAAGCCGAUUAUCAACCUUGCAAGCUACGAGGAUGUCACUAAAAAACUGAAAAUACUCAAACACGUCUUUACUCUCCCCGAAACAAACCCGAAUUACAUGCCUGUAACCAGAGACCUCUCUCCAACAAAGCGGCGAAUGAUUUUGUCAUGGUUAGACGAUCUGGACACAUCCACGAACCUCCCACCAAUAGGUACGAACACCCACACCUUAGAGGAACUAAAGCGGUCUCUCCAGGUAGCUCUUCAGCUGGAACUGGCGACAAUCCCUCCCUAUCUGAGUGCGCUGUUCUCGAUAAAAGAUGGCGAAAACAGAGAGGUGGCCUCCCUGAUCAGAAGUAUAGUUGUCGAUGAGAUGAAACACAUGGCUCUGGUUUCCAACCUCCUGAACGCGAUUGGCGGGGCGCCAAACUUAAACCAUCCGUCUAUAGUACCGUCCUAUCCAAAUGCCCUUCCUGGGGGCGCCAACCCUGGUCUUGUGGUAAAGCUCGCGAGGUGCUCUUUGAACCAGAUCCGAACCGUUUUUCAGGGGAUAGAGAGACCAGACUGUAAUUAUAAGAUGGUGAAUUCUGAUGUGUUCCAGUAUCUUCGCACUCAUAGAAAACGUCUAAUAAAGUGCAGUGAUGAUGCACCUACGGGCAAUGAGGACACUUGGGCGGAAAUCGAUCGACGGUGUAGAGAGACCACGACAAGGCCAGCUACCAUCGGUGCCAUCUACAUCCAUCAGAUUCUCUGCCCGAUGGUCGUACUACAGAUACAAGCACGGAGUCUGUUUACAGGUGAAAACACGAAGCAGAUAACCAGUGACCAUUGGUUUGGCAAGAGGGACAGCUCCCCAUAUGCAGUGUAUAAUCUUCCCACUGCAGUAGCUGCCAUAGUGGACAUCGCCACUGAGGGCGAAGGGAGCGACCCUUGCGACCCUUUUGACGAGAAGGACGAGCUGUCACACUACUUCAAGUUUGCCGAGGUGGUGCACGGACGGAGGCUGAUAGAAACAGACAAAGAAGACGCAUCACUGGGACAGUGCUUUGACAACUUUUUCCCAUGUGAUGAUGACAUGAACUGCACCAAGACUUUUAGCUUCGCUGGCCGACUUGUGCCUUUCUUUGAUGUCGGUGUCUGGCCGACCAUUUCUAACCCGCACUCCGAGAGAUACCCGCUAGCAUCGCAGGUUCGCAAAUAUUCUGACAACUUUAACAAGAUCUACACAGGCCUGCUGAAGUGUAUCCACGAGGCGUUUAACGGAAACCCGUACAAGAUGAAGGACUGCAUGGGCAUGAUGUCUUCAUUAACAGCCUGGGGAAAAAAGCUUGUGCGGACGCCAGUAGACCCGGAUGGGGAUCCUGAGAUUGGGCCAAAUGCCGCACCAACCUUCGAGUUUUACAGGCCACGCUAUUAA